ACACAAAGUGGCUCUCCCCAAGAAGAGUUUUUUUCUGUGUUUAUGAAAAUGUGUUCUCAGGUAGUAGGGAUUCUCAUCCUUGGUGUGUUUCUGCUUGGGGGAUCACCUUCCUAUGGUCAGCUGAGCCCAACGUAUUAUGACGAUACGUGCCCAAAUGCAUCAAGUAUUGUACGUGGGGUAAUCCAGGAGGCUUUUAUUUCGGAUGUUAGGAUAGGCGCCAGCCUCAUUAGGCUUCAUUUCCAUGACUGCUUCGUCAAUGGUUGUGAUGGCUCGCUUUUGCUGGACAACACGGAAACCAUAGUAAGCGAGAAAGAUGCAAUUCCAAAUGCAAACUCAACGAGGGGCUUUGAGGUUGUUGACAGCAUCAAGACCGCGCUGGAGAGCUCUUGCCCAGGCAUCGUCUCCUGUGCUGAUAUUCUCGCCAUUGCAGCUGAGGCAUCAGUUUGUAUGUCAGGAGGUCCGUCGUGGACAGUUCUACUAGGAAGAAGGGAUGGCAGAAUAGCAAACCAAUCUGGUGCCAAUACCGCCCUUCCAAAUCCCAGACAAAACAUUACUACGCUCAAGACUGUGUUUGAAGCAGUUGGCCUUAACACUACCACUGAUCUGGUUGCACUAUCUGGUGCUCACACAUUUGGAAGGGGUGCAUGCCGAUUUUUCAGCGAUCGUAUAUACAAUUUCAGUGGCACAGAAAGUCCUGACCCGUCGCUGAACUCAACUUACUUAGCGACACUAAGCGCAUUAUGCCCUCAAGAUGGGGAUGGGACUGUCCUAGCUGACCUUGACCCCACGACACCAGAUGGUUUUGACAAAAACUACUUUUCUAACCUUCAAGAGAACCGAGGCCUGCUGCAGAGUGAUCAGGAGCUGUUUUCAACUACUGGGUCUGAUACAAUUGAUAUUGUUAAUUUAUUCGCCAGUAAUGAAACUGCUUUCUUUGAGAGCUUUGUUGAAUCCAUGAUAAGAAUGGGGAAUAUCAGCCCAUUAACAGGGACUGAAGGUGAGAUCCGAUUGGACUGCAGGAAGGUUAACAACGAUUCAUCAGGAUCAGCUGAUGUUUUGGUUAGCUCAAUUUGAAACUUGAGACACAGCAGCAUAAAUAAAUCCCUCGUGUGUAAAGGGGUGGCAAUAAUAUGUUAAGAGAAGACCUUUAUCAUCCUGUGAUUUGGUCCUUUUCUCUUCUGUUCUCCUUAAUCGUUCCAUAAGAUUGUAUAAAUUUCGGAAUUUUUAGACUUUGAUAAUCUUAAGGUAAAGUCUUCCAACAGUGAAA